GUGUUGUCAAGUGGAUAAUACUCCAUAUUAUAGUUGGAUUAUCAGCUACACCCUGAAUCUACAAAUAGGAAUGAAUGCUCGUCCGUAACUCUGCAUUCCAUCUUUUUAUUUAUCACAAGGGACAGAAUUUCGAUAGAAGAAUUGCUCUACGAUUUAAAUAGCUCCCAUACAGAAGAGCAUGAGAAGUUCCUUUUCUGCAGAUGAUAAAUUUGUUCGUUUCAACUUUAUAAAAAGAUUAAGAAAUAAAUAAAGAUUAAGUUUUCACUUCCUAGUGUAUUUGGAAGUCUACUCCAUGAAAGCUAUAUGAUGGAAAUAUCAAAAUUUUCAAAACUGAUUUAAUUGCUUUGGAUAAAAGGGGUUCCAGUUAGAAUAUACUAUAAGUAAUUGUAAAUACAGUUGUACUUUCAUAAAUGAUAAUUUAUUAACAUGUGGAGACUGUCUGUAUUUCAGGGAAGAAAGGAGGAGGAGUCGCAGCAGGAGCAAAGGAAGGAAACGCAGCCGCAGCAAGAGCAAAGAAAGACACAGGAUCGCAAGGAUCGCGACAGAGGCCGAGACAGGGACCGUGAAAGAGACCGGGACAGGGGAGACCGAGACAGGGAUAGAGAUCGUGACAGGGACCGAGGCGACAGGAGGGAUCGUGACAGAGACAGGGACAGACGAAGGAGCCCGCCGAGGAGACGGAGCCGAAGCAGGGAGCGCUACGGAGGGUACAGGGGAGGAGACCGAUGGGGUGGAGGAGGCUAUAGGGGUGGUCGAGGUGGCUAUUAUCACAGAGACAGGGAGGAAGACAACUACAGAUCCAGAAGAUCACGCAGUAAAGAACGCAACAAGGAAAUCAGCCCUGUGCGGGAUGAUCCAGAUGCAGAUACGCGUGAUGCCAGAACUGUUUUCGUUAUGCAACUUUCACAGAGAGCCAAAGAAAGGGAACUCAAAGAAUUCUUCUCAUCAGUUGGAAAGGUGAGAACUGUCAAAAUCAUCACAGAUCGGAACUCAAGGAGAUCAAAAGGAGUAGGCUAUGUGGAAUAUGAUUCUGCAGACUCAGUACCUCUGGCACUAGGACUCAAUAAUCAGAAGUUACUAGGUGUCCCCAUCAUCGUACAGCCGUCCCAUGCAGAGAAGAAUCGGUCAGCUGGUCAGAAUGUUACCCUGCAGAAAGUCAAUUCAGGUCCUAUGAGGCUGUAUGUAGGAUCUCUUCAUUAUAACAUCACAGAAGCUAUGCUCCGGGGCAUCUUUGAACCGUUUGGUAAAAUUGAUAAUAUUCAGCUCAUGAUGGACACAGACGCCAAUCGAUCCAAGGGAUAUGGUUUUAUUACUUUCCAUGAUGCCGAGGAUGCCAAGAGGGCUCUAGAUCAGUUGAAUGGAUUUGAGUUAGCCGGAAGACCCAUGAAAGUCAACCACGUUACAGAGAGGAAUGAACAGGGUCAACAGACGCCCUCGUUUUUAGAUAGCGAAGAGCUUGAUAAGAGAGGUAUCACACUCAAUACUACCGGCAGAUUGCAACUCAUGGCUAAACUAGCAGAAGGCACUGGUUUCCAGAUCCCUGCUGCAGCGGCGGAAGCGUUGCAUCCGCUGAGCCAGGUACCAGGGAUGGGUCUACCAGGUCUCCAGGUGAAUCCAACCCAGAUGACUUUACCACAGCCAGCAGCUGGUUUGAACCUACAGGAAUCCCUGCAAGCUGCUCAGCUACAGGCUCAACAGAGUGCGCAAGCUCUUGCAGCAGCCACUGCUUCAGCUCAACAGACCAAUUUGGCACUAGGAAUGGGAGCCGUACCAGAUGUGUUAUCAGGCAUCCCACCUCUCGCAGCUGGUCUAUUACCUGAACCGGUACCUCAGGUAGCACCGCCCGUACCACAGGUCCAAGCACCGGCACCACCAGCAGCAGCAGCAGGUGGACCUACUGGAGCUGGAUCUACAGCUUGCUUCAUGCUCUCCAACAUGUUUGAUCCUCAAGCAGAGACAAUGAUAGGUUGGGAGACUGAUAUCCGAGAUGACGUGAUUGAGGAAUGUAAUAAACACGGAGGAGUGCUUCAUAUACACGUAGAUAAAGCAUCGCCGCAGGGGAAUGUUUAUGUCAAAUGCCCAAAUGCUCAGAUAGCUAUGGCAGCUGUUAGUAACCUACACAACAGAUGGUUUGCAGGUAAAAUGAUCACCGCAGCCUACAUGCCAGUGGCCAACUACCAUGCCAUCUUUCCGCAAGCUGCGUCAGCUACAAUGCUGCUUCAACCCAGCACACCCAGGAGAGUAUAGCACGCCAACAGCAACGCUUUCCUUUCUGUCCCGUCAAUGUCGCAGAAGUUGCUUCAGCCGUGACAAUUUUUACAGAACAUUCGAUACCAAAUAAUCACCUCUUUUGUGUUGCGUGGGGGCUACAAGCAUAGCCAAGAGAUGAAUCAGUGAAACGUGUGACCAUCUUCUCUACCUGGGAAUCAUUGCCAUGCAGACAUCAUCCAUGCAGACAUCAUAAGGGCAAAUGUCAAAUUCUGAUACUUGGUCUUUUGUUCUCUGAUUUGGUCCGCAUGGAGUGGAUAAUGCUCGGUUAAUACCUUGCGAAGGGAAAUCUGUGUCUGACUAGGUAUUGAAUCAACGAUCUGUGCCAAAUCAAUUUCUGCUGCUCGCUGCACAGCUAGCAGGCUUGAUUUAUCACAAUAUAUGUGCCCGUACAGUGGCACAGUAAGACUGAAAAUGCUCCUAUUCUUUUUUUUAAUAUGAGAAGUAUACUGUCAAGCAGAGUGCUUAUAAUACCCUUGGUAUAAGUUGUUUUAUGUGGUUUUAAAUGUACAAUGUACGCAUGUGUUUUAUGAUUCUCUGAUCUAAUAUCUAUUGAUUAAUACAGUAAUUCAUCACACUUGCCCGCUCUUAACCAUUACCCUGCAAAUGGAUGAUAUCUUAUUUCCAGAAAGGUUUUCCUGUAAUAUUUGUUAUAGAAAAAAAAUAGAUUUUUUUAAAGAAGGAUAUGUUCAUGGUUUUCUUCAAUAUUUUUCUUGAACCUACCUUGUAUGUAUCAUCUAGCAGGGAGUUUAUUUGUUUUAUGUAAUUUUAAUUGGAUUUGAUCCCAAAUUGUAGGCUGUUCAGUGAAGGAACGCUUUGAAGAUUUUUUGGCAGUUCCAUAAAGCAUGUGGGGCCUCCUAUUUCUUGAACCUUCCUGAAAUGAUUACUCUCCAGUUUAUGCUUCAUAUUAAAGAAAGACAUUUUGUGUUCCCAGUGGUCUUUAAAAAAUAGGGAGCAAAUUGUGAUGCAAUAACAGGAAUAUUAUUCGGUCUAAUCAUGCCAUAGUGAGUGUGUGAAUGCACCACAAACCUAGUUAAUGUGCAAGCUAUCACAAAGAGCUUCUUUUGGUGCCGUUGAUAAUAUUUUUCUAGAUUAAUGCUUGAAUUAAAUGUCCCUGAUUGUCAUUAGUGAAAAGAGUGCCAUUCAGUGUUUUCAGACUUGAAAUUUUUUUAUGAAUAUGAUUCUCGUACUUGUAAAUAAGGGGUCUGUUUUUACCCAAACUAUCUUUCUGAUGUCAACGAGUUUCGACUUUUUUUCCUCUUCAGUAUUGAUCAAGAACAAUGACAUUUUGUAAAUAUGAUGUAAAUACAUAUGAGAUACUUUGAGAUAAAUGCCCCCCCCCCAUUUCUUAUUCUGGUCAUAUAUGAUUUAUUUCUUUGUUCAUAAGUUCCCCAUGACAUGUCAGUAGACAUGUACAUCAUAUGUUCACAGUAUAAAACCAUACUAGAAAGCUGUGUUCUGGCCAGGCUCUUUUGGAAAUGUGGCUGUCCUUUAAUUCUGUGAUAAUGAAGUUAAAAUAUAAUACCUACUUGCAAAAACAUUUGCAUUAAAAAUACCUUUUCCAUUUAUUUUGGAUACAUGUGCAGAACGUCAUAUUUGAAAACAUUCAGUAAAGCAGAACAAUUUUGACUACAUGUGUAUGAUCCUCACGUCAAGGCACUUUCAAAUGUGAACGCAUCAGUGUACAGUGAAAUUUUAUUGAGGGAAUAGAACACCUAAUAUUUGUCUAUGCACAUAGAUCCUUGAAAAUUGUUAUAUGCUUUUGCCAUGCUUUUUCUGCCAACAGCAGAAAUUAAAUAGAUUUUUUUUACCUGAUCCACAUUCCUAUGAAGAAAGAUAUCUAUUACCAGGAGAUAAAUCUUGUUAGCAUUGUUUCCAUUGAAUGAUUUACAGACAAAUCAUUACCUGAAGAAAAAAAAAAUUAUUUCAAAGGACACUUGGGCACAAAAGUUUUAGACUGGUAUAUUGAUGUUUGAAGGACAAGGUGGUGAAAUUGGCUUGAAAUAUGUUUAUUUUUUCUCUAUUAUGUGUACAUAAUUUGAUCGGAACCCCCCCUCCAAAAAAAAAUCAUAAUCACGAAAAUUCAAAACAAUCUUCGAACCAUCGGCUCACCUAGUUUCCAAAUGGGUAUUGAACAAAUUAAUCUUUCACUACGUGUAUCUUUACCUUAUGUCCGUUCCACUUUCAUUUUUUCUUCGAAUAUCGACAUCACUAGUAUUGAAAAUAAAUUUUAUAAAGAAAUCAA